UUAGAUCUUACAGGAAAUAUAAACUGGAGAUAAGGGGUGAAAUAUAGUGUUUAUUUAGUCGCUUGAUAUUUACCUUGUCAAUACAGGGAGUGGUGUAUAGUGAGAUGAGCGGGAUAAAAAUGUAAAUUUCAGGGUCAUACUUUUUUUUUUAAAUCUUAAUGAAUCUAUAUCUGUUACGGAAGCCAUUUUGUUUCUGAGGGAUUUUCCAAUAGAAGAAAUUUCCCGAUAGAUACAGGAUUUAGUGUGUUGUUGCGUUUUAAGAAAUGGAUGUUAACAAUGACAGGAUGUUGAUAUAUUGUCACAGGUGAAAUUCAAGAAAAGCAAGUAGUUUUUGGAGGAAGAACGACAUCAUAUCAUAAAGUACAGUCAUUACCAUAGCAACAUACAACAGUCAUCACCAUAGAAACCAUAAAGGAUAAUACAAAUAUUGAUUAAGAAACCCAUGUAAUCUGUGAUUGUGUAAAACACGUGGAUUUAUUUGUGAUCAAUUUUACAAAGUUUUUUUAUUAUUAAGUGUUGAAAAGUUUUUAUGAUAUUUGUUUGUGAAAGUUUACCCUAGGUCUUUCAGAGUUAUUUUCUACAAAGAAAGUUACUUUUUACAUAAACGUUAAGUCAUAUUAAAUUGUUAUGGCCAUGGUGAACAAUGCAGUGGUGAACUUAGCUGGUGUAAAUCAAAUGGGCACCAUACUUCCAAAUAAUGUAAAAGACUCACGAUGGUUGACGUUAGAAGUUUGCCGUGAGUUCCAGCGGAACAAAUGUACACGACCAGACACAGAAUGCAAGUUUGCUCACCCACCACCACAUGUUGAGGUUCAAAAUGGCAGAGUCACAGCCUGCUUUGACUCAAUAAAGGGCAAAUGUCAGAGGAAAGACCCUCCAUGUAAAUAUCUUCACCCACCACAACAUUUGAGGGAACAGUUAUUACAGAAUGGAAGAAAUAAUUUAAUUCUAAAAAACCUACAAAUGCAAGCUGCAAUGCAACCAAUGUUGUACAGUCCAGCUGGGAUUGCAGCAGGCAGUAAACCUUUGGCACCUUACCACACCAUACUACAGGGCCAGUUACCUUUUUUGCCGCCGCAGUAUGUAGGUCAGCCAAUGGCUCAGCCACAGUCAGCAGUGCAGUUCAAUCCUUAUUCAGUCGGAGUAUGUGCCAUCCCAACUAGUAUGGCAUCUGACGGAAGUUUAAUAUCUCAACAGUUACAAAACGUCAUUCCAACCCCUAUUACAACGUUAGCAUCACAACAGAAGUUACAACGGGCGGAUCGGCUUGAGGUAUGUCGAGAAUUUCAAAGAGGAACAUGCACGCGACAACCAAACGAGUGUCGCUAUGCACAUCCUCCGGAAAAUGUAACAGUAGACACCACUGACAACUUGGUUACAGUGUGUAUGGAUCACGUUAAGGGAAAGUGUACACGGGAAUCGUGUAAAUAUUUCCAUCCUCCUUCGCACCUGCAGGCUCAGAUAAAAGCUGCUCAGCAACGAGCUAACACAGCUGCUGUGCAAACUCAAGCUCUGCCGCAAGUUGUAGAGGUCAUUCAAGGGAAGAAGCGACCUCGAGACCCAACUGAUGAUCUUGUUCUGCAAAACUCAAUGCCAACCAUGAUUCCAUACAAGAGAGUAGCAAUUGCUGAUGGAAAGAGCCCAGUACCUGCCAUGUAUCAACAACCUGUGAAUUUUGCAGCGUACCAGCAGGCUAUAGCAGCCAUGCAGGGACAGCAGUACUUUCCUAUGGCUUACAGUAAAGCUAGUCCAAUGAAUGGAGCACAGAUUUACCAGCCUACUUUCUCCACUAUGCAGAUGCAACAGGCUCCAGUAACAAUUACUGGACAGCCUCCCAGCAUGCCGAGAUUUUAGGUUAGGCCAAUGUAAUAGGCCAACAUGCAAGUAUGUGCAUGUACUUGAAGAAUAUGUUGAAGUUGUGGAUGGAAAAGUUACAGUCUGUCGUGACUCUGUCAGAGGAAAAUGCACACGUCCCAUGUGCAAAUAUUAUCAUAUUCCUGUAGAACUUCCACCUGCAAAAUGACAGUGAAAGUUUCUUCCAAACAUCCAAGUGAUGUCAAACCUGUCUUUAUUUUGUUUUAAUUGACUAUAUGAUUCCUGCCAUUGGAUAAAGAGUUGAAUUGACUUGUUAUACAUUUUAACACAAGUGGCCAUUUCAUUAGAAAGGUGCUAUUUAGAUAAUUCUUUAUUGUUUGUCUCCGGUGACACACAAGUUAAUGGUUGCCAUAUUAUUUUCAGACACGUUCAACUACUUUACCAAUGCUGAAUUAAAAUAAUUUUCCCAUGAUGUAUGGAAAUAGUAAUUCUAUUAACAUAUUUGUUCAACUGUGCCAUGUUUAGUUCUCCACACACAUACACAAUUUUGCUCAAACCUUCUAUACAGUUUGAUAAUGUGUUCAGUAUGAUCUAUCGGCUUGCAAGCCUUUGCUAAUUCAUACUACGCAAGAUUUUUUAACAAGUAAGGGUUAGUUACGCAUCUAUACACAAUUGUUACAUAGCAAUGCAGGAUAGUAUAAAUAGAGAAGUAUUCAUUCACCAUUGAUUGGCUAUAACAAAAUAUGUUUAGUAGUUAAUCAUUUCAAGAUUGGGUUUUUUGUGUUCUUUACACAGAUUAAAGAAUUGAUAAAAUCAAUAUACCCACAUUGAAGAUGUAAUUAUUCAAUAAUUAGUCUAAAACUCUAAUAACCAUAUUCAUAGCAAACCAUGGUGAGUGACCUACUUUUUUUUUAAACUGAUGUGCGAUAGUGAGCUAAUUUAUCAAGGAAAGUCCAAUGCUUCAACAUAUGUCUUCAUCACAAACUGCUAGCAAAAUUCUGCUAUCAGCUUUGUGUUAGUAUUUUUCUACUUUGUUAAUGAGUUACUUUAGUUUGAAUAUUUUGACCUUCACAUCUUUAUUUUAGAACAGUUGGCUAGUCCUACAUGGGCUAGUUCAUUGUUUUAAGGUAAGGAUUGGAGAAUUGUUGUAAAUUAUAUUUUUUGAUGAAAAUGGUGCAAUCAUAAAAUGCACAUUAAAAUAAAGUCAUUUAACAUUACAAACCCUUAGAAUAUAACAUUAUUGACAGUUACAUUGAGACUCCAUUGAGUUUGAUAGCUUGUAAGCAAUCAAAGGACUGUGAAAGAGAUAUAUUUGAUCAUACCUAAUGUCCAGUUUGCCUACACGCUGAUAAUUUCUAUAAAAUUCCUUCCCAUCUGUAUGUAAAAAGAAAGUUAAUAUUUUGUUUUUGAUAUAGUGAAUUGUUAGUUUUAUUUUUGACACUGUAAUGUUAAAUGACUUUAUUGUGUUAUUAUUUGAUAUGAACAAGUUUUGUUUGAACGUUUUAAUAAAAUGUGCCAUAUAAUGAAAUGUUUUUUUGGUCCUCGUGUGACUUACAACCUACAACCAAUUUCAACCAUUUUCUGACUUCUUUACAAUAUUUUUGUGUUUUGUGGUGGUAGUCUUGUACAAUGUAUAGUGCUAAUUUCUAAAGGUGUAAAUAUAUUCAUUACAAGUUGUACAGCAUAUCUUGGUUUAUUUUAUACAGAUACAAAAAUUAUUUCUAAACACAAGUCUUUUAUAAGUAAUUUAUUAAUACCUAUUAUGAUGUUAUUUACUACAAAGUGAUUUUAAUAAAAAAAAUCUUCUAUAUUUUCUUAAGAAUUCAUACACAAUUUAGGAUUUUAAAGAUUUGGAUUACUUUUGUACUUCUUAUUGUAAAAAUAUACUAGUUAAGAAGAAAAAAAACAACAUUUUUUAAUCUGUGCAAAAGAUGCUUGAAAGCUUCUGUUUUAUAGUAAAUUUUCUAUGCAAGAUUAGCAAACUGUAGGUCUGCUCAUAGGUGAACAAAAAGUUUAUUUUUACGCCCUCCCAAACGAAAAAGGAAAAGUUCCAUUCUUUUUGUUUAUCUUUAUGCCAAAUUAUCUGUUUAAUUUUGGUCAAGAAAUUGAAUUAAAAAAAUUCAAUACUACUUAUUUCAUGUAAUGGAUAAAUUUUGUCUCAGUCAUCUUACCCCCAAAAUAUUGUCUCUAGCAAAAAGAAAUAUUUCAAGUUUUUUGAGUGUUGUCCAUUUGUUAACUUUUUUAAAAUCUAUUUGCAUAUAAUUUCUUAGGAAUAUAUAGUGCUGUACUUGCUGAAAAUUUUCUGACGAUUUUUUUAUAUCGAAGUGCCAUAAAUAUGUCUUAGUUUUCAGUUCUAUAAACAUUUACAAAAAUAUGUCUUUUAAAGGUGUUUUUUUUUUGUUUGCCAAAACUUAUAUUAAAAUCAUGAUCUCUUAUAAAAGGUUUCUCUAGAUAAGUAAAUGAAGUAAAUGGAAAAAUUUUAUUAUGUUCAAAAUAGUUUCAUCAAAUUUCAAGAGAGAUGUAGUAUUUCAAACUUAAUAUUUUAUUAAAAAUUUAUUAAAACUUAUAUUUUUUAUUUCCAUGCAAUUAUUUAACAAAAAAUCAUUUUAUUUUGAAAUGAUUAUUUUUUUUUCUCAUCUAUUUCAUUGAUGCCAUAUCAACUUGUUACUUUCUCAAUUGUUUACAUGACAAACUGUUAAAAUUAUUUGUGAUAUUAUAAUGUUAGUGUGUAGUUUUAGUCAUUUGUUAACAGUGGUUUUUAAUAAGUGUCAUCUUUUUUUCAUUAUUUUUAAAUCCAAUCUCUGCUAUGUUUAUUUUUUUAAUAUUAAAUGAGACAUGACACAGUUAAAAUUAAAACCAAAGUCUUUCUAGCCCAUCUGUAUACUACGCAGGUUAACUAAUGUGUUCUGUCUUUAGUUGGUGCUUUGUUACAAAUUUUUCAUUUCUAUUUUUGUUUUUGUCUUUGUUAGAUGCAUUUAAAAUGUGUCUUUACAAUUUAAUUUGCCGGAUGAACACCCAUGUUUUCAGAAGCCUUUAAUAUGUUUUCGAACUUUGAAAAUAAGGAAAUUGAUACAUUGACAAUGCAGUUUUAAAUUUAUACAAAAUUUUCUGUCAAGCCGAUGAUGUAUUUGAAAGAAAUUUUAAUUUGAAAAUGAAUUUGAAACAUAAAACUGCAUGUUUAAAGGUAAAACAGACCAGGAAUAAGUUGUGUCUCUCCUACCAGCAUAUUUUUUAAGUUUUAAUUACUUUUUAUUCUCAAGCAGAGAUUGGAUAUUUCAUUUGUAUAAAACAAACUUGUUGAAUGAUCACAUUAUAUUAGUCUUAAACGCUGUGUGUUAAACAUGCAGCAUGGAAUGUGUUCUUUGUUGUAUGAAUGUUACCAUAAUUAUUAUGACAUGUAUAUAUAUUUUUUGAUUACUCCAAUUCAUGCAUUGGUUAUAUGGAUAGAAAAAAAGGAACAUCAAAUGUUCGCUUUCAAGAUAUUUUGGUGUAAAAUUAUAGAGAUUUUGUCUCGGGCAAAGUUUUUUAUAUAAGAAAUCCGAGAAGUCUAAGCUUGCAUACCAGUAGUGUCAAACAAUUAACGGUAUGAACCAUUAUAAAUGUAAAUGGCUUUGUUUGCUUAAGUGUGAACAAUUGAGGUGCAAUUAUCUAUGUUUGAACAAGCUUGAAAUGAAUUGUGUUUAAUUUUUUUUUCGUUAAUUCAAAUUUUUAGAAAUAAGUAGUUUUUCAGUGUUUGAUUUGUACAGCAAAAUCACAAAAUUCAGAAAAAAAUAUUAAUUUAUAUUAUUGGAGGGAAUGUUGGAAAGAUAAUAUUCCCUGUCAAGAUUUGUUCUUGCAUAGAUAGAAUCUCAAUUGUUCAAAGAACUGUCAAACAGUUCUCUCAGCAAGUGCCCAUCAGUAUAUUUAGCAGCUGCUUCUGAAAAUGAAAUUUUAAUUGUGUGUUGUAAUAGUUGGUCAUCCAAUCAGAUUUGCUGUUUCAAAACUAAACAAAUUGGAGCAGUUAAAAGAUGGCAGGCCAUUGGAUUUUAGAAUUACAUCUAGUUGGAUAAAUCUGAUUGGAUUGUCAAUAGCUAACUAAAAUUGAUUCAAAGAAUGUGAAAAUAUCUUGGAAGGAUUAUCAAUACUGGUUGUUAGGAAUAAUUAUUCACGGCUUAAUUUUUAACAACUUAAAUGGUAAAAUUAUGCAUGCCUUGUAGUUCAUAUCAGCAGCCAUCAUAUUAUAUAUCUUUGUCAGCCGGUGAUGGUUUUAUUUGAACUCACAAAAACAACAUCAUUUAUUAUUUACAUAAUGAUUUUGUGCUAAUUUUGCACACAGAUCCACUUACAGAGCUAUAACAUGUAGAAUUGCUUAAGCUUAUUUGCUAUAAAUGCGUCCAUAAGGACAUCAUGUUGCUUACAGUGUGUUGUUUGCUUUAGCUUGUAAAGGACUCUGAAAGAGAAGCAUAAAUAAAUAUAUGAUUUAGAAUAUAACCAUUAUACAUACUAGUAAACUGUGUUGUGCUCUUUUUCUGCAUGAUCUCACUUCCUUUGUCCUUUUGCAGUGAGCUCCGGCUCAAGGUUUUAGAGUGUUCUUAUAUUUACACCUAGCAAGAAUUUCCAGCCGACACGGCAUCUUUUAGAUGCAUUGUGUCAACAUUUGCCUUUAAAUCAGCAGUCUUGGUAUUCGAACAAAAGGCAUAUGUAGUGAAAACUAAAUGCCUUUACUACAAAAGUAGGUCUCUCUUUUUUCUCUGAAAUGUAAUGUUUGUAUGCAGAAAUAACACAAGCAAUUUAGAAUGCUGGUUUAUACUCGAAACUGGUCACUUUUUAAUCCAACUUUAUUUCAAGUCUGGCUAUUUUUAAUAUCUAGAUUAAGAUUAAACUAAAUCGACUAAUUGCAAGAAUAUUUGUUCACACCAUGCUGUGACCAUGUUGGAGACAUCAUUGCAAAUUAUCAAAAAUAACAUCAAAACAAAACAAAAGAUUCUAUGAUAAAGCAUUGGUUUUCACUUUUGAUAGGGCAUUUAAGAAUAUGUGUUCAACUGAAAAGGAAUAUAUUCAUAUAUAUUUCUGACCUGGCCCACAGACCAACACCAGAACUGCAUUUAUAUAAUGCCUUUUGUUUGAAUACCAUCAGUUCUUUUCUCUGUUCAUUAACUUAGAAUGUGGAAAGCUUUGGAACAAAUGGUGUAGAUUUCCUGUUUAAAACAGUAGCUGGUGCAAUGUGUGUGUCGGUUUGUUGGUAAUAAUAUUAUUUGCAAGUCACAAUUUGAAGACACAUUGACUAAAAAUUGGUCUUCUUAGAUUUGGUGCUAAGUUUCAUGUGUGUAUUUCUACAAAUGUUCGGAAUUGACCCGGUGUCCAUGUUCAAAUUCAUAAAUUUGUAUAAUAUAUUUCCUUUUAUAAAAAGAGUCAUAAUAAAAUUUAGUUCGCACAUUAGUUACAGAUAGUCUUUGGUCAGAUUGUAUGCUGGAUAAAUCCAGUGUUUCCCUUCUGUGCUGAAGGUAAAGUAGCCCCGAGACCCUUGAGCUACAAUUUUCUACGUACAGUACAGGAUAAUAUUGCACUGUGAAAGGAAAGUUUGCGGUGGCACUUAGAAGGUACUUUGGGAAAUGCUUAUUUUUUUCUUGUAACUUGCUGCUGGCGCGCAGAAAAGCUUUUAAAGAUUUGCUUUUAAUACCAGCUAUGUAUUACAUGCAUUUAUGUUAAAACAUUUUGCUCACUCUCAAUUGAUACUUCUGGCAGUGUCGCCUAAAUUAAUCUUGCCAAAAUUAUAACCACGUGUUCAUCAGUAGAGGGCCCACCGAUUAGCUUUGUAGUGGUGCUAUUUUAUUGGUUCAGUAGCUUAAAGAUAUUUUGUAAAAAUCUUCAAUAUUCCAAAAUGAUCUCAGAAGUUUUAUAUCUUUAUUUGUUUAGUUGAAUCUCUAUGUGUUUAUGUUCAGUUCCCAAAAUAUUUCCUGGGUGCCAACGAAGGAAGAAAAAGUUGUGAAUAUCUGCAGUCGGAAGGCUAGCAAACAAGGGCAAUGCCACGCUUAAAAGGCUUACACCUGCAACCAAUCAAAUGUAGGAUUGGCAAUUAGCCCAGGAUAGUUGAAUGUUUACCCAGCAUGCAUUUCAGUAGGUUGCACUUGACAUGCUGGCACCUUUCUGUUGUAGAUGUUAUUGUAAGACCAAAGACGUGUCUUCCAGUGUACUUGUCAAAGACCCGAGUCAGACUCGGUAUAUUUUUCGUUGUUAAUUUAUCUGAAUCAUUGUUUAUGAUUUUUGUUAAGAUUAUUGUGUACAUAAUUAUUUUGGUUAAUGGAUAUCUUUUUUUUAAUUAAACCAAAACGGUAGUGAUUAAUUUUUUCACUUUUCAUUUUUUUUUCACGGAAGUUUUUCCAAAUCGUCACCAAGUGAUGUACAAAUUUAAUCGUUCUUAAUAUAUAAAAUUUAAAGUGAUUUAAA